AUGGCUUCCCUCAAACAAACAAUCCUAGCAGCGCUAGUAACAACCUCCUCAAUAAACACACACGGCCACUACCGUUCACGACCUGACCUCGCACCACCCCAACUAAAUAUCACCGUCCCCGCCGCACACUCCAAUGGCUCUGAAUACGUCUUUAUCGCCCCAUAUUCUUUGGGUGGGACUCUCGAACGGCCCGGUCCGUAUAUCUACCGUAAAGACGGCGACUUGGUGUGGGCCGGUACAGGGUACUAUGCCGGAUUCGUGGCUAAUUUUCAUCCGACCACAUACCAGGGGAAGCCCGUUCUCCAGGCCUUCCAGGGUAGUAUAGACGGUGCCCAUGGUGAAGGGUUUGGUCAGCAUCUCUUGCUGGAUCAGAGUUACCAGCACGUUGUUACCUCGACUGCCGGGAAUCAUCGUGUUUCGUCGAUUCACGAGUUCAAUGUCAUCCAGGAAGAGACGGCUUUGAUUGAGGUCUUUUAUACGACCCCGGCAAAUUUAUCGGCAUAUGGUGGGAAUUCCUCACAGCUAUGGUUGGGGAAUGGGAUGUUCCAAGAACUUGAGAUUGCCACGGGAGAGUUGAUUUUCGAAUGGAAUGCUUUGGAGCACGUUGACCCGUCUGAAAGCCUAGUGACAUUAGGUUCCACAAAUGCCAAUAGCGGAUUGUCUUCCGCCCAAGCAUGGGAUUACUUCCACAUCAAUAGCCUCGACAAGAAUGAGGAAGGAGACUACCUUCUCUCGUCCCGUCACACGAGCACGAUCUUCAAGAUCAACGGCACAGACGGCUCAAUCAUCUGGCGACUCGGCGGCAGGUACCCCAGCUUUGCACAAAUUGGAAAUUGGACCUUCGGAUUCCAACACCAUGCCCGCUGGCACCCACAGCUCAGCCAGCCUGAAACGGAGGUAAUCUCCUUCUUUGACAACUCUGGCGAUGGCACUAUCACCUUCAACAAUGUGUCCCGGGCAUUGGUUGUCCAGAUCAACCAGACAGAUCGCACGGCGACAGUCCUCCGCAAGGCAACAGCACCGUAUGCUCUCCAGGCUCAAUCCCAGGGAAAUACACAACUACUUUCUGACGACCGCAUCUUUGUAAACUGGGGAUCGGAGGGUGCUUUCACGGAGUUCGGUGCGGACAAUGAGAUUCUGUACCAUGCUUUUCUCCCGACGGGAUCGGUCAGCUACCGUGGUUACUUAUCGAACUGGACUGGUACACCGAAGGAGACUCCGGCACUGGUGGCGCUGAAAACAGCUUCGAACACUGUUGAGCUUUAUGUAUCUUGGAAUGGAGAUACCGAGACUUCGGCUUGGAGAUUCUUUUGUGUCAACGGGAAGACGAAAACGCGGGUCGGUCAAGUGAGUAGAGACUCUUUUGAGACGGCUGUUACUUGGAAGUCAACUUUUGCACUGUCUUCUUCUGCUAGAUUCAUUGCUGAGGCGGUUGGUCCGAAUGGAGAGUCGCUUGCACAGACAAGGUUGACUGCUGUUACUGACUCCAUUUAA